AUGAAAAUUUUAAUUUUAAGUGAAUAUCUUCAUCCCCAAACCAGUGGAAUAACAAUUCGUAUUGAAUAUUAUAUAAAAUAUUUAAGAAAAUUCGGUCAUGAAGUGAUUGUUUAUGGACCUGGAAAUUGUCCAACAGCCAAUCGAAUAUUAUUUAGUAUUCCAUUUUAUUAUAUUAAUAAAGAUAUACGAAUUUGUUUUCCAUCUUUUCAAUUAUACAAAGAUAUUUUGUUCGGAAAAUAUCAAAUGAUUCAUAUUGUUGGUCCAAAUCUGUUUCUUUUGACAAUUAUCAUUUAUCUCUUUUGUUUAUUAAUGAAAAUCAAUAUUUGUACAUCAUAUCAUACAAAUAUAUAUGAAUUUCUUCAACAAUAUAUCGAAAAUCAUUCUAUUUUUCAAUUAAUAUCAAAUGUUGGAUAUUACACAAAUUAUUAUCCAACAAUUCGAUUGAAAAUCCCGAUAUUACAUCCAGAAAAUUAUACAGAUUUACAAAUUCUUUGUCCAAAUUAUUCCAAAGGAUACAUUCUUUCAACUGGAAUUGAUCAUCAAUUAUUUUUCUUUUCAAAAAAUUUCAUUCGAAACAAAUUAAUUUCUAUUGGCCGAAUUGCACCUGAAAAGAAUUUAUUUCGUUUAAUUGAUUUAUUUUCAUUAAUUCAAUCUGAUUACACUUUAGAUAUCGUUGGUUUUGGUCCAAUUGAAUCCCAAUUGAAAGAUUAUGUUCAAAGAAAAAAUAUCGAAAAUAUUCGAUUUCUCGGUCGAAUUCCAUAUGAUCAAUUAUAUCAAUUUUAUCAAAGUGCUCAAGCAUUUCUUUGUACAAGUCUAAACGAAUCCUAUGGUUUUACAUUACUUGAAUCUCUUUCAUGUGGAACACCAAUUAUUUAUCCAAAAUGUCGAGUUUUCACAAAAUUAUAUCAGAAAGAUUUUCCACAAUUGGAAUUUGAUGUUAAUGAUGAUGAAGAAUUUCUCAAUGCAUUGACAUAUGUUCAAGAAAAUACACAAAUAUUAAGAGAACUUUCAAGGAAAUAUGCCGAAAAAUAUUCGUGGGAAAAAUCGACAGAAGAUCUUUUGGAUAUUUAUAAACAAAUUUCAAUUUUCUAA